AGGCGAGCUUAAUGCCGUAUGGGAUUCUCCAUCAGCUAACCUUUAGGUAUACAGACAGCGAUGUGAGUAUGACGAAAAACGAUCACAAAGUACAUCUACAGUAUGACCGUUAUAUGUGUUAUCUUUCAACUUACAGCAGAAUACAUCCAUAUAGCCGGGAGAAGGUCUAAGUUGGUGAUAUACAAUGAAUACACAUUUUCAAAAAGAGCGCCCCUCCGCAAUGGAAUACGGUACGCGUGUUCUUGUGCCCUUAGCAAACGCUGCAAGGCGUAUGUUCAUGUAUCACAGGAUGAUAUAGUCAUUAAAGCCUAUACUGACCACAAUCAUGAACCUAUCAAAUAUGCUAAGACACCAAACGGUUAUUAUGUUAAUAUUUUAAGAUUCCCACAUUAUAUAGAGAUAGCGGGCAGAGGAUCGAAGUUACUUAUGUACGAAGAAUACACGUAUUUCAGAAGUGGUCGCGUGCGGGACGGAGGCUCACGAUUCACAUGCUCAGGUUAUGGCAGUAAAGGUUGCAAGGCUCAUAUUCAUAUUUCGAAAACUGCCUACGUGAGGAGCGCUAAAGGAUCAAUAUUGCUGUUGCUUCACAAUUAUACCUACAGCAAGAACGGGUUCAUCCGCGAUGGAGGUCUAAGAUACGCGUGCUCGCAAAUGGCAAAACACUGUAAAGCGUACGUCCACGUGUCGAAGCUUAAUCAGAUCGUGAAAGCUGAUUUAGUGCAUAAUCACGAACCUCCCAGCUAUUUGUUGACAAAAGAAGGAUAUUAUGUCCGUACAUCAUAAUUUUGUUUGUAUUUAAUUUUACUAUAGAUACCGGCAAAUCAUUUGAACACAAUUUGAUUCUAUGAUAGCGUAGUGGUUUAGAAAUAGAAAUAUUAUUU